GACUGUGUUGGGUGGGGGCAAAAGUGAACCCAAUUCGACUAAAUAAUCAGCCCAAUAAGCCCUAGGAUUUCGAUAUAUUCAAGCUAGAGUGAAAAUCUCAGCCAUCUGCAGACUGCAGCGUGAGCAGGCGAACCGACUUUCCAGAAUCCAGGAAUCAAGCGAAGAUGACAUUCAAAAGGAGGAAUGGAGGACGCAACAAGCAUGGGCGCGGCCAUGUCAAGUUCAUCCGUUGCUCUAAUUGUGGAAAAUGCUGCCCCAAGGACAAAGCAAUUAAGAGGUUUCUGGUGAGGAAUAUUGUUGAGCAAGCUGCUGUAAGGGAUGUUCAGGAAGCCUGUGCUUUUGAUACAUACACCCUUCCUAAGUUGUACUUAAAGAUGCAGUACUGUGUUUCAUGUGCUAUUCACUCCAAAGUUGUGAGGGUUCGAUCCCGUACUGACAGGAGGAUUCGUGAGCCUCCGCAGCGCUUCAGGCGCCCAAGGGACGAUCAGCCAAGGCCAGGCCAAGCUCCACGCCCCGGAGGACCACCUGUUGCUGCUCGGGCGUAACAAACCUUUUACUUAACACAUGUUCUACUGGUUCUUUGUGUUUUUUUGGUGUUGUUGCGACGAUGAUUUUGCCAUUAUUUAGUUUUGCAGACUCGAUCUUCUUCAAUGUCCAAACUACUAAAGGUUUUUGAACCAUUCCUACCUAAUCCUUACCUUUCAUAUUUAGAUA